GUGUAUUGAUGGUGUGGAAAGCUGAUGCCAAAGGUCGACUUCAACAGAAUCCUCUUCAUCAGCACCACAUACAGGAACCGCUGAAGAUUAUGUUGUAUAGGCCUGUACCCCCUCCAGACCCCAACAAUGAUAUUGCCCAGCUUGCUAGAGCUGCUGUCAGUGGGGAUGAGAGUGCUUUAGAUAUGUUCAACUGGAAAAGGGGCAAAAACAACGCAAGAGGUGGAGCAUCCUUCGGAUCUCAGGAGGCUCUGACGUUUUUUGUUGGUGGAGCCACUGGUGGUGUGUACUAUGUUAAUGAUGCUGGCCAGUGCUCCCAGAUCUUUAAUGCGGAUGGACCUGUGAUGACCUUAUUGCACUACGAUGAGAAGAAUCUGCUGAUCACAGUAACAGAAAACAUGUUGCUGACUCAGCACUUUAUCACACCAGAGGGAGAGGCAAGGGAGGUCAUGAAGGUUAAAAUGAGUGGAAGGGGAGAAUCACCUACCAUAGUUUGGGCAGGAUCAGGCAUCCUGGCCACAGCUCUAGGAGAAGGAGUAGUCAGGAUGUGGGACUUAGAACAUGAGGACAACUACAUCCUUACACUGGAAGGUCACAGUAGCUACGACCAUAACGAGAGUAUCACUUGUAUUUCUUACUGUCCAGAAAAGGGAACUCUGGCAGGGGGGACAAACAUGGGAAAUGUGGCUCUGUGGAAAUACUCUCCCCCGCUGGGAGGGAAGGUGGUAGACGGGGAACUGAAAUGGAAACUUCAAGCCCCAGCCACAGUGGAGGGACCCAUCAAACAAAUCAGGUGGGGAUCUAACAAGCACCUCCUUGCUGUCAAUACUAUUGCCAAUGUGUUCAUGCUUAAUGAGCAAGUGAUGAGUGCAGGAUUUAAGGAACAGACUGCAGUGGUUCAAUAUGGACCAAGUUCCUUAUCCAUAGAAAUGUUCUCCAACAUGGCUCAUCAUGACCUCAAGACAGAUAUCCAAGUCAAGGGCAUUUUUACAACCAAAGAUGCAUUAGCAGUAUGGAAUGGACGUAGAGUGAUAACUUACGAGUAUUCUACAGACAAGUCUUCUAUCAAAGCUGCUGGUACAUUCACCACAGAAACCAUGAAUGUGUGUCUGUAUGAACAGAAUGUCUACUGUAUUGAGGCCAUGAAAGUUCAAGUCAGAACACAUCAGGGUACAGUCAAACAGACUAUAAACUUCUCAGAACUUGAGGGGCAGCCAGUCAGUAUAGAUGUGUGUGGUACCUACCUGGUCAUUGGAACCAACAUAGGAUUAGUGCGAGUUUAUGACUUAUCCAGAAGAGAGGCCAAGCCCCAUAGUCAGCCCAGGAACUUAGGGGAGAUAAUUCCUGGCUUUGGAUCCAUCAUCUCCUGUAAAUGUAACUGUAGUGGAACACGAGUCAGCGUGUUGAUCAAAUCAACACAUGGCCACAUUGAUCCAAAGAUGUACUUCUGGGACACAGAGGUGGACCAGGUCUCCUAUUUCAACUUUGAGACGGGUCGGGGUGAACAAGAUGAUUUUCCCCCAGAACAGAUUGAGGGGGUAGAGGGGGACACAAAUGAUGCUGAGAGAGGUAAAACUCAGGCUGCCAAAGACAUAGCUGGUCGUUAUCCGAUGACGCACUACUGGGAUGCCCAUGAUCCCAAAUUAAUUGUCUGUGAGGCCAGAAUUCUGAUUGAUGCAUUCAACAAGAAGGAGAAAGAGGAAAAGAAGAUUGUUUCCCUGUCUAAAACAAUGGAUGAUGGACCGGUCGAGGUGAUGAUUGUAUCGUUAUUCAGUACGCCGGAGAACGGGAUCCUGAUUCAGGACAGUUUUCCUCUCCCCGACCAGUUCCAGACACUGCUAGGAAUAGAGGUCCCCUAUCACUACUUCGUCAAAAAGUCUGAAAACACUGGUGAUGAGGACGAUGGACAGGGGGAUGGUCCGAGACCAGAAUCCUCGUCCCCCCGAAUGGUUGCUCGCCGGACCAUGAGGGAUUUUGUGGGGCUAGAGAACAGUGACAAAAAUACUAAAGAUGCCAUGCUUAACUUCAGUUACUACCUUACCAUAGGCAACAUGGAUGAAGCUUUCAAGUCUAUCAAGCUCAUUAAGAGUGAGUCUGUGUGGGAAAAUAUGGCUAAGAUGUGUGUGAAGAGUCGCCGACUGGAUGUGGCCAGUGUUUGUCUGGGUAACAUGGGCCACGCUCGAGGAGCCCGGGCCCUGAGGGAAGCCAUGAAGGAGCCCGAACUCGACGCGAAAGUGGCUGUAUUAGCCAUGCAGUUAGGACUCAAGGAAGAUGCUGAGAGAUUACUGAAAAAUUGUAAGAGGUAUGACUUACUGAAUGAAUUUUACCAAUCUGUUGGAGAGUGGAAGAAAGCUUUGGAAACAGCAGAAAUGUAUGACCGCAUUCACCUUAGGACGACAUACUUUAACUUUGCCAAGCAUUUAGAAAUGAAGGGAGACUACUCAGAGGCUAUUCCAAAUUAUGAGAAGUCAGACACACACAGAUUUGAGGUCCCAAGGAUGUUAUUUGAUGAGCCUGAAGCUUUGGAACAUUACAUCAGUAUGCACAAAGACAAGGCUUUACACAAGUGGUGGGCGCAGUAUAUGGAGAGUACAGGAGACAUGGAGACUGCUCUACAGUAUUACGAGAACGCCCAGGAUUAUCUCUCCUUAGUCAGAGUCUACUGUUACUGUGGACAGAUGGACAAGGCUGCUGAGAUUUGUAACAACACAGGUGAUCGGGCAGCCUGCUAUCACUUAGGUCGUCAGUAUGAAAAUCAGGAUCAGAUUAAGGAAGCCAUUCAUUUCUUUACAAGGGCUCAGGCUUACUUCAAUGCCAUCAGGCUCUGUAAAGAACAUGGUAUGGAAGAUCAGUUGAUGAAUCUGGCUCUGAUGGGUCGACCUGAAGACAUGAUAGAGGCGGCUCGUUAUUAUGAACAAAAGCCAGGGGCUCAGGACAAAGCUGUCAUGUUGUAUCACAAAGCGGGUAACUUUUCCAAAGCUUUGGAUCUGUCCUUCAGAGCUCGACAGUUUGGAGCUCUACAGCUUAUUUCGGGUGAGCUGGAUGAGCGAGCUGAUCCCGAGCUCCUGAAGCGGUGUGGAGAUUUCUUUAUGGAGAACGGCCAAUACGACAAGGCAGUAGAUCUGCUGGCUAUUGGCAAAAAGUACUGGGAGGCAUUAAAGAUCUGUAUGGACCAGACCGUGGAGAUUAAUGAAGACUUGGCAGAAAAACUGACCCCCGGUAAGGACGACCCCGGGAUCGACACGAUGGAGAGAGUGAAAAUCCUGGAGGCCAUUGCGGAGGUGUGCAUGCAUCAGGGAGAAUACCACCUGGCUACAAAGAAAUUCACACAGGCCGGAAAUAAAAUCAAGGCAAUGAAAGCACUGUUGAAGUCUGGUGACACAGAGAAGAUUUGUUUCUUUGCCAAUGUGUCCAGACAGAAGGAGAUUUAUAUAAUGGCGGCUAACUAUCUACAAUCAUUAGACUGGCGAAAAGACCCAGAGAUCAUGAAAAACAUCAUAGGAUUCUACACCAAAGGGAGAGCACUGGAUUCUCUAGCCGGCUUCUAUGAUGCUUGUGCACAGGUUGAGAUAGAUGAGUACCAGGACUAUGACAAGGCACUAAGGGCUCUGGGAGAGGCUUAUAAAUGUCUCACUAAAGCUAAAAUGAACGAUGAAAUGCUACUAGAGGAAAGACUAGCUCAACUGAAAAAUAAAAUUGCACUGAUAAAGAAGUUUGUCACUGCCAGAAGGGCAUUUGAAGAGAAUCCUGAAGAGGGAAUAAAACAAUGUCAGAUUCUGUUAGAGGAACCAGAUUUAGAGUCAGGAGUGCGUAUCGGGGAUGUUUACGGGAUCAUGAUCGAGUACUAUGCUCGUAGAGACCGGUGGAAGGCUGCACAUGCUGCGAUAGAAGAAAUGAAGAGUAGAAUACCCAAUGUAAACAUAGGUUAUUAUGUCAAUAUGCGGACUGUGGAGGCAGUGUAUCGUGCUUUGGACAUUCCAAUGGGGGACUUGAAUAGAGGCAAGAUGAAUGGAGUUAUGGAUGAAGAAGAUGGAGAGAUUGUAGAAGAGGAGGUCGACAACAUUUACGGACACGAUGAAGUCUGAUCUCCUGAGAAUGAUGUGUGGAUCUGAGACGUCUCCAUUCCAUCUGACUACUGUGAUACUCCUACUUGUGUUGUGAUACAGCUGUGUUUAUCUGUUGCCAUGGCAAUUCACCUCAUAGCUAGCUUUAAGAACACCCACCUUCAGUUUCUUCAAGAUCUGAUUUUCCGCCCAAUAAUGUUUUGUAAAAAGAUCUUUAUAUUUUCAAAUUAUGAUAUUUCUUAUUCCUGAUUUUUUUUAAAAACAUAUCUGUAAAAGUUGUUCGUUCUUUUUCUUUAUUGAGCCCCAGUGUCUGUUUUAAUUAUUUAUAUGUUUUUUUUUUUUUUAAUUUGUGGCAUUUUGUUUUGAUGUAUACAUCAUAUGACAUUAUCUUAGUGCAUUGUACCUUAUUUGGUCAAAAAGAGAAUUGAACUGAGUUCUCUCUUUUAAAAUGAAUAUUUUGUAAUAUGAAUCCUAUAAAAUUUGUUAAAUACUGAUGUACAUUUGUGUUGCGAAUCCUGACCUUGCAGACUCAUUGAACUAUCACAUGCACACUGCCAAGUGGAAAAAAAACUUUUGUUGAAAUAUUUUGGGGAAAAAAAAGGUUCUUUGAUGAUUUCUGAAUGCUAUGAUAAUUUGAAAAAUCAGGAAAUUGAAUUGCAUAUGGGGCAUUUUUAAAUAUUUACUGCACUGAUCAGUGAUUAUAGUAUAACUUGAUUAUAAAGAACUCACUUAUAUUGAAAGAUGGGUUAAAACGAAACUUUUACAAUCCCUGUAGAAGAUUUUAAAUUGAAUUCUGUAAUCUAGUUAUAAAUAUUUAUUAGGAUGAUCUGAGAAAAAUGACUUGUUAUGAGUUUUCUUUGAUUUUUUCUGUCAUUUGAGAAGCAUAUUUCACCAGAUAAUCAUGCAACUAACGGAGGUGAUUUAUGCUAGAAUUUCUUUUGUUUUUCUUCUUGGGAUUAUUUUUGAAUUGCGCAUUCUUUAUCAAUUCACAUUUCUGGUUGUGUAUUCGUAAUUUUUUUUGUUUUAUUUCCUGCCUCUUUUGUCUGCUGAUUGGUUUUUGAUAUAUGACCGCCCUUCAACAUUGAAGGUGAUGAGAAAUGCUACUAUAGUUUUCAGUGUCAAGUCAGAACUUAUGUCUAUUCCAUCCAGGUCCUGUAAAAGGACCCUAUCCCCAUUUAAAAUUUAAUUCCCUGAAGAAAAAAAAUCAGAUAAAAAUUCUCUAAUGACAAGCAGAUUGAAUAAUUUAAAUGCUUUUUAUAUCAAAUAAGCUGAAUUUUGAGGUUAUAAUGACAUGUCAAGAUUCAAGUAGAGAAUAAGCUACAAUCUACCUCUUUAAUCUAUAGUUGAAUAAAAUUAAAUUCAUUAGUUUAACUGUAUUUCCAAAUUUUGCCACUUAGUCAAUUUAAAAUUCCAAAUGAAAGAUACAAUAUCCUUACAAUAUCCUGUACCAGAAAGGCUAUAUUGGCCAAGCAAGUAACUCAUUUUCAUGAUUUUAAGAUUUCCAUUCAUAUUUUUGGAAGUGUUCACUGUUUUAUGUUGUACAGAUGAUUUUUUUUUAUGAUUUUUUUUUUUUGGUAGAAGCUAGGUUGUUAAUUAUCUAUUUAUUGACCCUGUCAGCAUCUUUGUUAGUGUUGUGAUAAGUUAUUUAUAUGGGACAAUGUCUGACAGUCUCUUAAUGGUGUGUUAGUGUGAGUACAAGUCUCCAAUGUGGAUCUAGUGCUGAUCACAUGACCUAUGACAUCAGAUCAUGUGAUCGAGUGUAAGACUGUAUCUUGUAAUGUAACAGUCAUGUAAGACUGUAUGUUGUAAUUAAAUAAUAUUUCAAUAGUUCUGUAUCAAUCUGGUGCCGUCCAUUUUCUUACUGAUUAAAUUGGGAAAGUAUCAUUUAUACAUGCAGUAAUAAAUGCUGAAAAUGAA